AUGAAAGUUCCGCGAAAAAAUAAGGAACAAAAAGAAUAUUUUAAACAAAAGUCCGUUGUUGAAAAUACUCAUUUAUCAACAAACAGCUGGCUUAAAAAUUCGAAAAUUAUCGCGAAACAGUUGGACUGGCUGCAAUUUCCUGAUUUACAUUUGAUACUUGAUGGUAAAUUAAAAGAAUUAGCCGAAGUUGAUUUUGCAAUCUCCUAUACUUACUCGAGAAACGCCAUUAAGACUUUAAAAAGAAUCUUUUUUUAUAAUGCAAUUUUUCUUGGUCUUCGUGGUGGAGAGCAUUAUAAAUUAAAAUUUAGUCAUUUUCAUAAAAAAUAUGAUGGAGGUUAUGAUGUAAAUAUUACUCGAUCAAAGAUAAAACAAGGAGGUAUUGAAGAUCCAAAUAAUGGUUCUGAUGAUAAAUUACAAAUUCCAGAUCAUCCAAGUAUUAUUGCAGAUUAUGAUUUAUUUUUUAUCAAAUGUCCUGUUGAUGUAAAGGAGAAUUUUUAUUUACAGGAAAUAACUAAUGAAAAUGGAAAACUUCAAUUACAAGAAUUCCUUCAUAAUCUUGCAGUUGAAUGUGGAAUUUCUGUUGAAGGAAGAAAAAUUACUAACCAUUCUGGAUGUAAAUCCUUAGUUUCUUUAUUAAAGGAAUUAAAUUUUACAGAUAUUUAA